CUAUUUAAACACCCUCGAUAUUGCUAAUUUUUUUCCAAUCGCCGUGAAACCACUUUUCCGCCUCCCAAAUCACGGGAACGAAUCCCUCUUUCUCUCCUCAAAACCACCUUCAAAACCGCUUUCUCGCUAGAGCGCUUCAAUUAGCCGGUUUUCCGUCUCAAACUGGCCCAAUUCUCUAUUCUCUGGCCUCCAUAACCACUCGUAAAACCGCUUUCCCGGUUCAUGUUCCCGCCAAACAGCAACCAGGUAUCUGCAGAGCAAGGAAGCUGGAAAAACUGCUUUCUAGAAAAAUCGUUCAGGCGAACCGGUUUUCCGCCGUGUUAGAGCCAGUGUUCUGCAGUUUAAAGCAGCUCGAAGAACUGCUUUCCAGCAAAACCCGACAUUCGAGGUGGUUUUCCGGCACUGUGGGGUGUGACCUCAAAACAGAAGCCUUCUCCACGCGAAAACCACCAUCAGGGCAGCUUUCCUAUAAUCCAAUCAAAAUAAGCACACUUCCCGUCACAAAACCGCUUUUUUCCACUACACAGUCGCCCUCAAAACAACAACCACAUAGUUCCGGUCAAAGUCGGCGGUUUUCCGUCAAAAAUCACUCCGGAAAACCGCCUCCCACUCAUUCCUGGCAAAACAAGAGGUCUUCCCCCGCUAAACCACCCCACAAACCACCGAUUGCCAUGGAUACAAUACCGGUGGUCUCAACAUUCACUUCUCCCUUUGAAAACUCUCCAAGAUCAGACUCGAGCUCACCUUUUAGAAAACCCCUGAGUUUAUGGCCUGGUAUGUAUCAUUCUCCUGUAACAGAUGCUUUAUGGCAAGCUAGGUCAAGUAUUUUUGAGAAGCUUCUGGAUUCUAAUGGACCUCCUCAGAGCGAGCUUCUCUGUAAAACCCCAAGCCAGAGCCGAACCAGUAUUUUUUACAAGUUCUCUACAGAUUAUAUACUGAGAGAGCAGUACAGGGAUCCAUGGAACGAGGUCAGGAUUGGGAAGCUUUUAGAAGAUCUUGAUGCCCUUGCUGGAACUAUCUCUGUAAAGCAUUGUUCAAAUGAUGAUAGCACAACAAGGCCCCUUCUCUUGGUGACUGCUGCAGUUGACAAAAUGGUUCUAAAGAAGCCCAUCCAUGUAGAUACUGACCUGACAAUAGCCGGUUCUGUUAUUUGGGUUGGGCAUUCAUCCCUCGAUAUUCAGAUGGUGGUGACUCAACCAAGAGAUGGGGACUCUGAUUCUUCAGACGACCCUAUAGCUCUCACUGCGAACUUCACAUUCGUGGCAAGAGACUCGAAAACAGGGAAGUCAGCACCCGUCAACCACCUCACCCCAGAGACAGAGGAAGAGAAGAAGCUAUAUGAGGUAGCCGAUGCAAGGGAUAAGUUAAGAAAGAAGAAGAGAGAGGAAAAGAAGAUGGAGUUUCAGAAGAGCUUUCGCAUUUUGCAUCGGGAUGGUGAGAGGCUAAGGGCAUUAUUAUCAGAGGGGCGAAUAUUGUGUGAUAUGCCUGCACUUGCUGAUAGAGAUAGCAUAUUGUUGAGGGACACAAGGCUUGAGAAUUCACUUAUAUGCCAACCCCAACAACGCAAUUUGCAUGGGCGUAUCUUUGGGGGGUUUCUCAUGCAUAGAGCAUUCGAGUUAGCAUACUCGACAUGCUAUGCUUUUGUGGGGAGGAUGCCCCGGUUCUUGGAGGUGGAUCACGUCGACUUCCUCAGACCCGUGGAUGUUGGAGACUUUCUUCGCUUCAAAUCAUGCAUCUUGUAUACGCAAUUGGAGAACCCCAAGCAGCCUUUGAUCAACAUUGAAGUAGUUGCUCAUGUUACAAGACCUGAACUCAGGUCCAGCGAGGUCUCUAACACGUUUUACUUCACAUUCACUGUGAAUCCAGAUGCUUUGAAAGAUGACCUGAGAAUUCGCAAUGUGGUCCCCGCCACUGAAGAAGAGGCCCGUAGAGUGCUUGAACGCAGAGAUGCUGAAAGUUCAUAAUAUUAAUCCACAACGAAGGAAUUUUAAAUAAGAAAAAAGGAAAGUAAAGAGGUUAUUUAAGCAUUUAUCACCAUCCAUCUCUGGGGACCGAUCUAGUAUUUGUUAUGAUUGUCAACGAUGUACAUCAGACUUUAUCCGUGAAAGCAUUCUUCAGCGAUCUUGGAGAAUUGGAAGGCAGAUCCUGUCCAUGAGUUUUCGGAUUGAUUGGAUCGAUGGAUGUGAUUCAGCAGUCAGGAUUGACCCCAGAAAAACUGAAUUUUUCAUUUGCAGCUUCCUACAUGAAGACACAGUAUGGGAACUUAUGUCAGCAUGUUCUCACAAUAUUAGUAAAAAUAUCGCAAUAGGUCUGUUUCUUUUGUGUGCAAUUUAUAGGACUCAGUUUCUUUGGCAUUGUUUCUUGCAUAUGUGAAUAUACACAUCUAUAUUGUAUAAUGGUGUCUGGCGUUUAUAAA